AUGGCAGCAGCAGCCACGGGGAGCCCGGCGCCGCUCCCGGCACUGGACGGCCGUGUGGCGCUGGUGACGGGCGGCUCCCGCGGCAUCGGCCGGGAGGUGUCCUCCCAGCUGGCCGCCCUGGGCGCGGGCGUCGUGAUCAACUACGCCUCCGACUCCGCCAAGGCCUCCGCGCUCGCCGCAGAGCUCAACGCCGGCACCGCCUCCUCCCGCGCCGUGGCUGCGCAGGCCGACGUGUCCGACCCAUCCGCCGUCCGCACGCUCUUUGACCGCGCCGAGGAGGCCUUCGGCUCCCCGCCCCACAUCGUGGUCGCCUGCGCAGGCCUCCUCAACCCCAAGUACCCGUCCCUGGGGGCCAUUUCGGCGCGACUAGGCGAAUAG